AUGAAUCAUCAUCAUCACUCUCUUCCUUGUCUCUUCUUGUUCUACCUAAUCCUCUUCAUUUCCCAAGAUUUUCCCACACUUUCUCACCGUUUCUCGCCGCCACUGCACAACUUAACGCUCUACGGCGACGCAUACUUCCGAGACCGUACAAUCUCCCUCACACGACAACAACCCUGUUUUCCCUCCGCCACAACACCGCCGUCAAACCCAUCUUCCUCCGGCAUCGGACGAGCUCUAUACGUUUACCCAAUCAAGUUCUCCGAACCUUCAACAAACACAACCGCUUCUUUCUCUUGCCGCUUUUCUUUCUCAAUCAUCGCUUCACCUUCUUGCCCUUUCGGUGACGGCUUCGCUUUCUUGAUCACAUCCAAUGCUGACUCCUUCGUCUUCUCUAAUGGCUUCUUGGGUUUACCAAAUCCGCAUGAUUCCUUCAUCGCCGUCGAGUUCGAUACACGAUUUGACCCGGGUCAUGGUGAUAUUAACGAUAACCACGUUGGUAUCGAUGUUAACUCAGUCUUCUCUGUUUCCUCUGUUGAUGCGCUAUCAAAAGGGUUUGAUCUUAAGAGUGGUAGAGAGAUGAUGGCGUGGAUUGAGUAUAGUGAUGUUCUUAAACUCAUUAGGGUUUGGGUUGGUUAUUCACGUGUUAAGCCGACAAGUCCUAUUUUAGCAACACAGAUUGAUCUCUCUGGUAAAGUCAAAGAGUAUAUGCACGUUGGUUUCUCUGCUUCUAAUGCUGCUGCUAGUGUUGGUGGGUCAGCUUUACAUAUCGUUGAGCGGUGGAAAUUUACAACCUUUGCGUCUCAUUCUGAUGCUAUUCAAGAAGAGGAUAGUGAGGAAGAGGAGGAAGAAGUUUCAAGGAAUCCGAUUCGACCUAAAGGUUUUGGCUUUAGGGUUUCAGUUGUUGGAUUCAAGAUCCCGUUUUGGAGUCUUUUACCUGGUUUGGCUGCAAUUGUUGUUCUUGUGGGGUUUAUUGUUUUCUCAUUGAUUGUUGGCAAGAAGAAGAUUACUGAAGAAGGAGCUGACACAGGGCUUACUCGGAUGCCGGGAAGGUUAUCCUUGGCUGAGAUCAAAUCCGCAACAUUGGGAUUCAAUGAGAACACAAUCGUGGGUCAAGGAGCUUCAGCUACUGUGUACAGAGGCUCUAUUCCUUCCAUUGGAUCUGUAGCCGUAAAGCGUUUUGAUAGAGAGCAUUGGCCACAGUGUAACCGUAACCCUUUCACAACAGAGUUCACAACAAUGACUGGUUACUUGAGGCACAAGAAUCUUGUUCAGUUCCAGGGUUGGUGUAGUGAAGGAACAGAGACGGCACUAGUGUUUGAGUACUUGCCAAACGGAAGUUUAAGUGAGUUUCUACAUAAGAAACCCUCAUCUGAUCCAUCAGAAGAGUUCAUAGUUCUCUCUUGGAAACAGAGGGUAAACAUCAUUCUAGGUGUUGCUUCUGCACUUACUUAUCUACACGAAGAAUGUGAGAGACAGAUCAUUCACCGUGACGUCAAGACAUGUAACAUAAUGCUUGAUAGUGAGUUUAACGCAAAACUUGGUGAUUUCGGGUUAGCUGAGAUUUAUGAGCACAAUGCGUUGCUAUCUGGACGAGCAGCUACACUCCCAGCAGGUACUAUGGGUUACUUGGCACCUGAAUACGUGUACACAGGUGUGCCCUCUGAAAAAACCGACGUGUACAGCUUCGGUGUGGUGGUUCUUGAAGUGUGUACGGGGCGUAUGGCUGUGGGGAAUGACGGGACGGGGCUUGUAGACUUUAUGUGGAACCUCUGGGAGACAGGGAAGUUUCUGACUGGUGCUGACAUUAUGCUGAAGGAAGACUUUGAUGCAGAGGAAAUGGAAAGGGUGUUGAUGGUUGGGAUGGUUUGUACGCAUGCUGACUGUGAGAAGCGGCCAAAGGUAAAGGAAGCUGUGAGGAUUAUACGUGGGGAGGCACCCUUACCAGUUCUUCCGGCGAAGAAGCCUUUGCUGAGAAUCCGGUCGGCUAUAGAAGCGGAAGAGAUGAUUGCUGAUGAUUUGGUUGGGGAGGAUCUUCCUUGGAUGACGCCUAAAUCUAACUUUAGCUAA